AUGCGUUCCUUAACUUCAAUACCGUAUAUUCCAACCGGAAAACAAAUUAAAGAACGAUGUACGUCGGUCAAAGCAUGGGAGUUACCGAAACAGAAGAGUGCGUUGGCGCCAGAACAUAUUUGGACUAAUGAGGAUAUGGAUCCGGUGAAGAAGGAAGAUCAGACUUGGACGUUGUGGACUUGGAUGGCUUAUUGGGCAACUGAUACGAUUAAUCUUGGAACCUGGGAGACGGCAAGUAGUGUUUUAGCCGUGGGAUUAACAUGGCGAGAAGCAAUUCCAAUCAUGAUAGUAGGAACAACCUGCGUAGCAAUCCCCAUGGUACUCAAUGGAGCCAUCGGCGCAAAACUCCACAUACCAUUUUCCGUCGCAAUUCGAGCAUCCUUCGGUUAUUACUUUGCGUACUUUUGCAUCAUUUCAAGAUCUAUAUUGGCCAUGUUUUGGCUGGGUAUUCAAGGUGCUAAUGGAGCAGGGUGUAUUACGGUUAUGAUAUUGGCUAUUUGGCCUAGUUAUGCAAACGUACCGAAUCAUAUUGCGGAGGGACAGGGAAUUACAACACAAGGAAUGAUAAGUUAUUUUCUUUUCUGGAUAAUCCAACUCCCGCUGCUCCUCAUACCACCUACACGCCUCCGUUACCUCUUCGGUGUAAAACUUAUCGCAGCCCCUGUUGCUGCUCUUGCAACGAUGGGUUGGUGUAUCCACAAAGCCGGCGGUUCAGGUUCGAUCUUUGAUCUCCAACCUACAGUCUCCGGAUCCGCAAAAGCUUAUCUCUGGCUUUCUUGUAUGUCUUCCGUAACGGGCACAUGGGCUACAUUAUCAUGUAACAUACCCGAUUUCUCUCGCUACGCACGAUCAUCCAAAGCUCAAUUCAUCCAACUUCCUUUUCUUCCCGUGAUUUUUACCCUAUGUGGUACAAUCGGCAUCGUCACUACUUCAGCCACGGGGAUCAUCUACGGAAAACCUAUCUGGGACCCCCUCGAAAUUAUUUCAAAAUGGCUAGAUCUAGGACACGGAGGACGCGCCGCUGCAUUUUUCGCAGCAACAGCUUGGUACAUCGCACAAGUCGGCACAAAUAUUACGGCAAACUCAAUUAGCGCAGCAAAUGAUCUCACCGUUCUUUUUCCCCGCUACGUUAAUAUCGAACGUGGAUGUAUCAUCGCAGCCAUAGUCGGAGGCUGGGUCAUCGUCCCCUGGAAAAUCAUCAGUUCGGCCGAAACUUUCCUCGCCUUCAUGGGCGGGUACGCAGUCUUCCUCGCACCUAUUGCUGGCAUCCUCGCCGCAGACUACUGGCUCGUCAAAAAUCAACACAUCGAUGUUCCCGCCCUCUACGAUCCAGAUGGAAGAUACAAAUACUGGUUUGGAAUUAACUGGCGCGCUUUAUUAGCAUUACUCAUAGCCGUCGCUCCGAAUUUACCGGGAUUGGGAUACAGUAUUGGAUUACAGACAGAUGCGACGACAGGGAUACAGACGGAUACGGUAAAAAUUAGUGAGGGUGCGAAACAUCUUUAUACUUUUGAUUGGCUUUUUGGAUUCGUGGUUAGUGUGUUGGUUUAUACGCUACUUAGUUGGAUGUGUCCGGCUCGAGAAUCCUUGCUGGAUCAUACGGUUUAUGGGGAUGUGGUGGAGGGCGUGCAGAGUGAUAUCGAUAUGGAUAGUGGGGGUGAGUGUGCUAUUGUGGGUAUAGUUGGUACUGGGGAGAAGAGUAGAGGGCAUGCGAAGGAGAGAAUGGGAAUUUGA